CACACACACAAAGGUGGCAUUGAUUCCAAUCAAAUCCUCUCUCUCUCUCUCUCUCCAUGGAUUACGAAAGCAAGUGUUGUGAGGCUUCUAAGUAACAGUACUAACUCCCCAUGGCUCUUCUUCUUCCUCAUCUCUUCCCUUCUCCCUCCCUUCAUCAUUCCAAGUCCAGAGACAGUCCUAGAGCCUUUUCUUCUUCCUCUUCUUCUUCCGUCUCCCUCGCCGGCGUCCACACCCCUCAGCCUCAGCUCCAGGGCUCUCCUCUCGCCUCUCCUUCUUCUUCCCCCGGUUCCCGCUCCGAUGACCCAAGAGACCACUUCUAUGUCAAUCUCGGCCUUGCUGUCAGGACUCUUCGCGAGGACCUUCCUCUAAUCUUCGCCAGAGACCUCAAUUACGACAUCUACAGGGACGAUAUAACCUUCUCUGAUCCUCUGAACACGUUCAGUGGGAUUGAGAGGUACAAAUUGAUAUUCUGGGCGUUGAGGUUUCAUGGCAAAAUCCUGUUCCGGGAGAUUGGGAUUGAGGUGUACAGGAUUUGGCAGCCUUCUGAAAACGUGAUACUCAUCCGGUGGAACUUGAAGGGCGUUCCUAGGGUUCCAUGGGAGGCCAGGGGUGAGUUUCAGGGCACUUCCCGGUAUAAGGUGGAUCGAAACGGCAAAAUUUACGAGCACAAAGUGGACAAUUUAGCAUUUAAUUUCCCCCAACCACUCAAACCGGCUGCUUCGGUGUUGGAUUUGGUUUCUGCGUGCCCUGCAAGCCCCAAUCCGACGUUCUUGUGGGGAACACAGGAUUUGCAUUACAAUAGCUCUUCCUGGGUGGAGCUUUAUCAGGCAGUGAGGACAAGUGUGGGUGGAAAAGCCUACUUGAUUACACAAGAUGGAUUUCUUACAUGUUCAUCAUAGUAUAUAUAUACACAUAUAUAUUCAUCUAUAUUUUAUAUUCUGACAAUUUAUUGAUGAUAGCAAGCAAUAAGAGUAUAAUAAAACAUAGAUCUCCAAUUGAAGUGGGUGGCGACAGAGUGUGGUUUGUCUU